AUGGCAGACUAUGACAGAAUAUCCGAUAACCCAAAUAUCGUGUUUGUGUUUGCUAUGGUCGCUAUCCUUAUAACGGUUUUCACCGUCUUUGCCAACGGUGUUGUCAUCACAGCUGUCGUGUACGCACAUGUACAACGUAAACACAACGGACAGACAAACAAGGUCAAGAGGUCAACGGCGGCCAUGUUGCUGAUGACGUCAAUGUCCGUCGUUGAUUUUGUCGUCGGUCUUGUCGUCAUGCCCCUGUACAUUCCGGACUUGAUCACCAAUGGGGAAAACAUUCUCGAUUUUUCCUGGAACUGUGCCAGGUACGUCCUCGACGUCAACUUUUGCACCGUCUCCAUCUACCACGUGGUCGUCAUGGCAACCGACAGGUACCUGGCUGUAUGCAAGCCGCUGGUGUACAAGGCGCUACCCCCGAAGGUGACUUGGGUCAUGCUAGCUCUAUGCUGGACAUUGCCUACACUGAUUUAUUUACUGUUUUUAUCUAUAGACGCUAUGUCCGGCGAGACGACCAACAAUUCAACCACCUCCGCCCAAUCUUGUGAGCGUUCUUCAAGUCUGGCAACGAAAAUCUCCAUGGGGGUUUUGGCAAAUCUCCCGAUGUCAUUUGUUUACGUUUUGUAUUUUCUCAUCCUCUUGGAGGUCUACAGAUUUAAUAGCAGGAGGAAACACUUCUUCGGGUUUAACCAGUCUAACCAGAAAGAAAGCAAGCAAAAUGAAGAUUCUUUCAAUCCAAAAUCACCAAUUAACAAAAUUACUAAAAAUCAUGUUGGAAAGAAUGUUGUAUUAAACACACAGAGAAGUUUAUGUACCUCAACAUAUAUAAAAAGCAACAGUGGAGAAACGUGUGGUAUUCAAAAGAUUCCUACAAACACAGAAUCUGACAUAGAACACUCAGAUCUAUGCUGUCAUAAAGCUUCUAGGAAUAAAGAAGACGUCGGUCGUGAUGGCUGUAAAGAUGAAGACGUCAGUCAUGUUGGCUGUAAGGGUGAAGAAAACGUGAGUCGUGCUGAAGAAGACGCUAUUGAUGAUAAAUUUAUGAAUGGAGAAGACGUCAGUGGUAAUUGUUGUAAGAAUGGAGAAGACAUACAACACAAAGACAUUAAAAAAGAAACGUUGGGUCACCGGAAGAGCGUCAGAGCGCCUGCGGGAGGAAGUACGAGCAGCUUAAGGGCCGUAAAGACAAUCGGAGAGAUCGUCCUGUGUUUCAGCCUCUGCUGGUUGCCUCUAGCGUUUUAUUAUCUGAUCAAAAGCUUUUACGACAUUCACCUGCCUCUGGGGACUUAUCUGGCAUUAAGCUUUUUGGGCUUUCUUAACUCGGCCAUUAAUCCAGUCUUGUUGUACAAUAAUCUUUCUAUAAGAGCAUCAGUCAUGUCACUUAUAUUCCCUGCAACAAAAAUUAAACCGUAA